AGAGGAGGGAAGAUUAUAUUUUGUCCGUAGUGGAGGCACGCACUUCUCCUUAAUGCUUCCGCUCUCAUCAAUCAUCAACAUUCGCCUGAGCUGCUAAGACCGAAGUUGGAGCUGCGCAGAGGAGGAGGGAGAUGCCGGGGACUGCAGUCGGAGCCAUUUCCUAUUCUCAGACGUUGGCGAUGAUGAAGAUGAAGAACCGGCUUUUUGCUUCGCCCAGGACUUGCGGCAAUGGAAGAAGAAGAGAUGGAGGUCUUCCCGCCAAUACUCUUUAUCCGCUGCAUUCGGUCAUGGGCCUACAGUUGCCCGGCAAAGCUCGAAUAUCAUGUGCCCGGAGAACACCCAGAUAUGGGAAAAUCAGCUGCUCGGCAGAAGACGACAAUGGAUCGGUGGUGGUGAGAGACAAGAGUGUGUCUGUCAUUCUUUUGGCUGGAGGAAAGGGGAAGCGGAUGGGUGCGAGCAUGCCGAAGCAGUAUCUUCCCCUUCUGGGACAGCCAAUUGCUCUUUAUAGCUUUUAUACCUUUUCACUCAUGGGCAAAGUGAAGGAGAUAAUUGUUGUUUGCGAUCCAUCCUACAAGGACGUUUUCGAAGACACCAAGGAGAAGGUUGAAGUGGAUAUCAAAUUUACACUGCCUGGCAAAGAGAGACAGGAUUCUGUGUUCAAUGGACUUCAGGCUGUUGAUACGACAUCCGAGCUUGUUUGUGUUCAUGAUUCUGCAAGACCACUCGUGUCAGCUGGAGAUAUAGAAAAGGUACUAAAAGACGCCUGGGUAAAUGGAGCUGCAGUUCUUGGUGUGCCCGUCAAAGCUACUAUCAAAGAGGCUAAUAGUGAAUCUUUUGUUGUGAGAACUCUGGACCGGAAAACACUUUGGGAAAUGCAGACGCCCCAGGUCAUCAAACCUGAGUUGCUUAAGAGGGGUUUCGAGUUGGUCAAUAGGGAAGGUCUUGAAGUCACUGACGAUGUGUCGAUUGUGGAAUACCUUAAACAUCCCGUAUACAUUACUGAAGGAUCUUACACCAACAUCAAGGUUACUACCCCUGAUGAUUUGUUGCUUGCAGAGAGGAUUGUGAGUAUGAAUUCUGGAGUAUAACGUUCCAUGCCAUCGGUCUUCGUCUUUUUUAUCAUUCGAUUUGUAUCAGGCAAUUAAAGAAGUUGAAAAGUUGCACUCUUCUCCUUCACAUUGUUUACACAACUGUAUUAAGAAAUAAGCGCAGCAGAAGUUUCACAUGUU